AUGACUCAGACUCUGCAGAACAACCGACAGAACAAUCCACCCCCACCACCACCACCAUCGGACAGGCUUACUCGAUUCCUUAGACUCCACCCACCUACCUUUGCGAACUCAGCUGAACCAAUUGAAGCCGAUGAUUGGCAUAGAGUCAUUGAGAAGAAGUUAGCCACCAUCCAAUGCACUGAGCAAGAGAAGGUUCUGUAUGCAAGCCACCAACUGGAAGGCGCAGCUGCCGCAUGGUGGGACAACUUCAAGUUUGGUUAUGAUGGAGAGGUCAUCACUUGGGAUGACUUCCUUCGUGGAUUCCGAACCGCCCACAUUCCAACUGGAAGUAUGGGACUGAUGAAGAAGGAAUUCCGCUCUCUUCGCCAAGGUUCCAAAUCUGUGAAGGAAUAUUUGGACCGUUUCACCAGCUUGGCUAGAUAUGCCCCAGGAGAUGUGGCUGAUGAUGAUGAUCGACAGGAGAGGUUUCUCGAAGGACUAAAUGAUGAGCUUAGUGUGCAGUUGGUGUCCAUUAACUUUGCUACAUUUCAGCAUUUGGUGGACAAGGCCAUACGCCUUGAGGGAAAGCAGAAGGAGAUUGAAAACAGGAAGAGGAGGGCAAGUAACCACAAGAUUGAUUCUAGGCCCCAUAUCAAGUCUCGCCACUUUUCACCUCCUAGACACCACCACUCUGGAUCAUCCUCUGGAAGAUUCCAUGGCAUGAGUCGUCAGCAGCACAGGCACCAGAGUCACCGCAAUCACCAAGAUCACAAGGAGAACCGGCACCAUGGAAGUGGACACCGUCACCACCACAGCGACUCUGCUCCUGAGAAGAGGGACAUGAGUCAGGUGAAAUGCUUCAACUGCGGCAAGAUGGGCCACUACAAGAGUACUUGCACGGAGAAGCCGCGUGAGGACAAGAACCAGGGAGGCAACAAGCCCAAUCCGUUUGUGAAGGCCAAGCUCAACCAUGUGUCUGCUGAAGAGGCAUAUGAGUCACCGGACGUCGUUGUCGGCACGUUCUUGGUCAAUUCCAACCCUGCAGUUAUCCCUAAAGGCAAAAGAAUUAGGUUUACCACCAAAGCCAGACCUAGAAAGGCCAUAGUGAAUUCCCUUAAGGGGGAUAGCUCUGAGGAGAUACCCAUAGUUUGUGAGUAUCCAGAUGUGUUUCCCGAGGAUUUGCCGGGCAUGCCACCAGAUAGAGAAGUGGAGUUUUUGAUUGACUUGGACCCAAGAACAGCACCUAUAGCCAAGAGACCCUAUAGGAUGGCAGCAAAUGAGUUGGCAGAACUCAAGAAGCAGUUGCAAGAGUUGCAAGAGAAAGGAUACAUCCGACCUAGUUCAUCACCAUGGGGAGCACUAGUUAUAUUUGUCCAGAAGAAAGAUGGAACACAAAGGAUGUGUGUUGACUAUCGUUCCCCCAACGAGGUCACCAUCAAGAACAAAUACCCUUUGCCAAGGAUCGAUGACUUGUUCGAUCAAUUGGAAGGAGCCACAGUGUUUUCAAAGAUAGAUCUGCGAUCAGGUUAUCAUCAGUUGAAGAUCCGAACCCAGGAUAUACCCAAGAUGGCAUUUUCCACCAGAUAUGGAUUGUAUGAGUAUACAGUUAUGUCAUUUGGUUUGACCAAUGCCCCGGCCUAUUUCAUGAACAUGAUGAAGAAGGUUGCCAUGGAGUCCCCGGGAUAG